AGGUAGUCGUCCCCGAUAAUGUUUUGAUUUUGCUAGGACCCUGUAACAAUUUCCGUCUAACUGCUUCUACCCACUAUUUCUAUUAAUUCAGCCCACCAUACCAUCGCUUUUUGCAAGCUUGAGCUACCAAGAAAACCAACAUCAACAAUGGCGUUCUCUUUAUCGUCCCGCUUUGCCCCUAGAAGGGCAGACGCUCUGUUCUUUGCAUUACUCCUCUCAAUCACCAGUUCCAUCCCAGAAGUUUCAGUAUUUUUCCUGAACAUUGGUCUCCCGCCGCUGUUCGCCGCCGCUGACACCCUUGCCGAUUGCAUCAUCAAGAUCCGCGACAACGGCACCGCCUGCGACCUCGACCCCGGGGUGCACACCUUAGGGAAUGAGACCAUCGACUUCCUUCAACUGCCCUACAACGACUUGUACCUGAAGGGCGCCGCCGACCGCACGACUGUGAUCGACGGCAGUGAGGACAUCACGAGUCUGCUCACCUGGGAGGAGUGCAGCACGUUAACCAGCGGCAACUACAAGCAGAUUUGCGAGCAGACCCUGCAAAACGAGCCGAACGUCAACAGCAAUACGAAAAUCUACUCCGCGCUCCUUCCGAAGUACAAGCCAGUGUACCAGCUGUGGGCGCAGACAGAGACCGGGUUGCGGGAAAAGAUUUCGCGAAAAUGCUGGUACCCGCACGGUGGCCGGACAAGAUUUCGUACGAAGACUUCACGUCGAACAACCACGACCGGUUGCUGGAAAUCAACCCAGAUUUGA